AUGUUAGCAACAAAUGGUCGUCUUUGGAGCACCACCUGUGAUGGUGAAAUUGAAAUCAGGUCAUUGACCGAAGAUAAGCUGGAGGAAUCUUUAGAUGUUCUGGAUGGCUCAUUUUUCUUAUACGAAUCGGUAAGCAUUGGUUCGGAAAUAAAUCUCCCUGAAAAUAAGCAAGCACGUCAAGAGUUACGAGAAUUGUGUAAAAUCACCGCCGAGGAUGGAGUUUCAUUGAUCGCAAUCGAGAAGGCUAGUGGAAAACCAAUUGCUGUGGCGUUCAAUAAAAUUCAGUACAUUCCGGAAAAUGGUGAUGAUGUUUUCUUUCUGAAAUUCCGCAACGAGAAAGCCCAUUCGCCCCAAGCUCAAUCUCUAAUGGACUUCAUGAUUGCCGUCGACGCGGAAUAUGAUGUUUUUGAGAAAUUCCAAUUUAAAUGUACCUGUGAAUUGAUGUUUUUGGCCACAUUACCGGAAUGGGGUUGCAAGGGAAUUGCCAAGGUUCUAACCCAACAUACAGUGGAGUUGACGCGAGAACUUAAAGAUGGCAAAGGUUUAGAAUUUAUACACCCUAGUUUGCGCCAUCGUCGCCCCGAAGCCGUGACCGUUCUAUGGACAUCGAAUUUUUCACAAAAAGUUGGAAAGGCUGUGGGUUUUAAGUCGCUCAACGCUGUGCCCUAUACGAAAUUCCAUUUUAAUGGUAAAACAUUUAGUGAUCGUAUUGGACCGAUCCAUAAGGGUUGUGAACAUGCUGUUUAUUUGUUUUAA